CUGUGUGAAUUUCACACUGUGAAGGUACUCCGUUCACAUGCAAAUUAUUCUCCAUUCCCUUGCUGUUGUGUGUAUUGAUCUCUCGUUUCUUAAGUGUGCGUUCGCUAUUAAGACCCAUUAUCUUUAUGCCAAGAUGUGUGAAUGUGUGCGUUCAUACUAAUUAUGACAUUUCUUCUGUUAGUGUGUUUGUUGUAUUCAUUUGUCCAGCUGUUGAAACGUCAAAAACACCGCUCACUCAUUAGCCAUCACACAUUUGAAUCAACAAGUUGUUUCAUAAAAAAAAGUUUAUAUAUUUGAAAAUAGUGCGAUUAAUCAACAAGAGAUAUAAAUAAAAAGGCGCCAAACAAAAAUUGACAGUGAAAAAUUCGAAAGUUCUGAACAAAUCCGUUGGAUUUACUGCGUGUGUGUCAAUUGAAGAAAGUUCAAUCAACGAUGUCUAGUUUUAUGAACACAAUAGUGCCACCAAAGCGAGACUGGAUGGAUUUAAUAACCGAGAUGCUUUGGAGCAUUGAACGAGAGGCAAAGUUCACAUUGAGAGGCCUUAGCGAUGAUUUCAAACAAUCGGGACUGUCAUUCGACGUGGAUUUUCGUAAUCAUUUCUUGCAAAUUAUUCUGAAAAGAGUUUCAAAAACAUACGAUCAAUUUAUAAUGAAUUUGGAAUUUGAAGAGUUGAGAACUGGAUUCGACGAGAGUGCGAUGGAUGGAAGAGUGUUUUCUAUUGAUCAACUACAAAUGACAAAUAGACCAUAUGUGGCAGAGAAACGAAAGACCCCAGAUGAGUCUGACGUCAAUGAACAGACAUUUUUGAUCAAAAGGCCCAGGGUAGACGAGGGAGUAAAGAUGAAUGAAGAAUAUAAAAGUCAUUCGGAAUCGGAAGAAUUCGGUAGUGAGCCAGAUGAAGACGAUGCUAUCGUUGAAUCGAAUAUUGCGAAUGUGGAUGACGAUGAAGAAUGCACUCCAACAAUGUUACAAUCCACUAUACACACCGAGAGGGAUGUGACUAAUGAACAAGCGAAAACAGUGUCUCGAAAAGGAGAAGAUCACCGAUUGAUUCAAGUCGCAACUAAUGCGGCAUCAAAGUCGAUAGUCGGAACGGAAUCAGAAGUGCCCAUUGAUGUUGAUAAAAUUGCAGAUGCUGUGCCACAAACAUCAAAAUUUCCAUCGAAUACGAAGAGUAAAGGAGUUACCCGUACCAAUCCAACAAUCGAAAGAGAAGUAAAGACCAACGACCAUCAACCCAAAUUACCACUUGCUCUGCGUCCGGCACCGGCUUCAGUUAAGGAAAUACGGUCACGAGAACUCAAAAACACGGACACCGAAAUCGAUUUGAGUACAACUAAAUCAGCAUCCACCGAUGACAAUACAUCGAAAGGUGCAUCGAAUGAAAAAUCAAUUAAGAGACGACCGCCAAAAAAAUUGUUUCGCAUCAGUAGCAACAAAGAAAAUCGACCGAUGCAUAAAUGUAAUCAAUGCGAUUAUCAAAGUGAAUAUCUAAGUAAUCUAAAAAGACAUAUGGGAUCGCACGAAGAAAAGCCAUUCCGUUGCAGUAGAUGUACAAUGUUCUUUGCCGAUCAAGACCUUCUCGAUAUGCAUAUGAAAUGCCACGAAAAUCGAUGUAUAAAAUGUCGAAAGCGAUUCAGCAAAUCGGAGGCAUGCAAAGAACAUGAAAAGCGAUGCAUCAAACAGUAAUAUGAAUGGCAUCCAAAAACCAAUGUCUGCAUUCAUGUUUAUAAAAACUUAUUAUUUGAAUUCUUUAGCAUGUAUAUCGGCGGCACAGAGCUGAUACUUUGUAUUGUAACAGA